UGAGAACAGCCCAUUUAUCCCUGUUGCGUUGAGUCCAGGUCCUCAUGUUCGUAACGAUUAUCCUCCAGCCCUUCGUUUUUAACGGUCUCCACAACCCUCUCCUCUGCAGCUUCCUCUCGAUUUUUCACAUGGAAAAAAUGAGUUGAUUUCAGGAAUAUGCGCUUCAGUUGCCGCUUCGCCCACGUCUGCUUUUGAGUAUAAAUACGCAUACAACCCCUGAAACGGCGAACAGCGAAUCGUAGAAAGAGGAAAAGCAAAACCCUAGCAAUUUGCGGAAGAAUGGAGGCGAAAGCAGCGAAUGGUCCGAAUAGUGAGCGGUCGUAUGGGGUCAUUGAUGGCCCGACCAAUCCAAUGGUUACGCCUCUGCUUACGGAUCUCUAUCAGUUCACUAUGUGCUACGCUUACUGGAAAGCCGGCAAGCAUAACGAACGGGCCGUGUUUGAUUUAUUUUUUCGGAAGAACCCAUUUGGUGGUGAAUAUACAAUCUUUGCUGGUUUAGAAGAAUGCAUAAAGUUUAUAGCUAAUUUUAAAUUCACAGAGGAAGAAAUAUCUUUUAUCCGCGCAACCUUGCCUCCUACAUGUGAGGAUGGCUUCUACAAUUAUCUUAGAGGAGUGGACUGUUCUGAUGUUGAGGUGUAUGCUAUUUCAGAGGGAUCUGUUGUUUUCCCAAAAGUACCCCUAAUGAGAGUUGAAGGGCCAAUUGCUGUGGCUCAAUUGCUGGAAACUCCAUUUGUUAAUCUUAUUAAUUAUGCAUCAUUAGUGGCUACCAAUGCUGCAAGGCAUCGAUUAGUUGCUGGGAAGUCUAAAAUGCUACUUGAGUUUGGGCUUCGACGGGCACAGGGGCCAGAUGGUGGAAUAGGAGCAUCAAAAUACUGCUAUAUUGGAGGAUUCGAUGCAACAAGUAAUGUUGCAGCUGGGAGGUUAUUUGGGAUACCACUUCGUGGAACUCAUUCCCACGCUUUUGUUAGCUCAUUCAUGAGCCCUGAUGAGAUCAUAGACAAAUCACUUCAGAGUUGUGAUGGCUCAAGAACUUGUGAGGAUUUUGUUAGUCUGGUGCAGGCAUGGUUAAACAAAAUUCAGUGGUCACGUUCAUUUCGUGGCAUUUUUGGUGAGACAAAUCAAAGUGAGCUAGCUGCCUUCACCUCAUAUGCCUUGGCAUUCCCUAAUAACUUCUUAGCUCUUGUGGACACAUAUGACGUAAUGAAGAGUGGGAUUCCUAAUUUUUGUGCAGUUGCCUUAGCACUCAUUGAUUUAGGGUAUAAAGCAGUAGGCAUUAGGUUAGAUUCUGGUGACCUGGCAUAUCUGUCUUGUGAAGCCAGGAAGUUCUUUUGUACUAUUGAGAAUGAAUUUGGAGUGUCUGAUUUUGGAAAGAUGAGUAUCACUGCCAGUAAUGAUCUCAAUGAGGAAACUUUAGAUGCUUUAAACAAACAGGGUCAUGAGGUUGAUGCUUUUGGGAUUGGAACCUAUCUGGUUACAUGCUAUGCUCAAGCUGCUUUAGGUUGUGUUUUCAAACUUGUUGAGAUAAAUAAUCAGCCCCGCAUUAAACUCUCUGAAGAUGUUUCAAAGGUUUCUAUUCCAUGUAAAAAACGAUGCUACAGAUUGUUUGGGAGAGAGGGUUACCCUCUGGUUGACAUCAUGACAGGGGAAAAUGAACCACCUCCUAAGGUGGCAGAACGAAUUCUAUGUCGUCACCCUUUUAGUGAAUCCAAGAGAGCGUAUGUGGUGCCACAGCAUGUUGAAGAGCUUCUGAAGUGUUAUUGGUCUGGGAGCUCAGGUAAAGCAAGAGAAGAGUUACCCCCUCUCAAGAACAUUAAAGAACGUUGCAUGAAACAGCUUGAACAAAUGCGGCCUGACCACAUGAGGAGAUUGAACCCAACACCAUACAAGCAGGUGAGCGUGAGUGCAAAGUUGUAUGACUUCAUUCAUUUCCUAUGGCUCAAUGAGGCACCUGUCGGUGAGUUACAGUAAGGGAUGAACGAGUGGAGCACUGUACAAAACAGAAGCCAAGUGAUGAUUCCACUGUGGUAGGAGGAGCUUCUUUGAAUAGUCAGCAGUUUGUGAGAUUCUCAUUGAUGUAAUACUCGAAUAAGUCUGAGAAACAAUUUGUUUCGUCAUCAAAUAAAAUUGUGUCCUGCUCCCAGCAUUGUCAUUUUCAGAGUUAUGUAUGAUUUCGCGGUAUAACCGUGCUCAAAGAAAUAAUGCAGCUUCUAGUUGUAACCUUUACACAACAGAAUUUUGAAUCCAAGUGUUAGAAUUUUAUUUAUAUA